CGGCGGCGGGGGCCGGGGGGGCCCGGGCGCGCGGGAGCGGGAGCGGCCGGGGGAGACGGAGCGCACCAUGGAGGCGGCGGCAGGCGGCCGCGGCUGCUUCCAGCCGCACCCGGGGCUGCAGAAGACGCUGGAGCAGUUCCACCUGAGCUCUAUGAGCUCGCUGGGCGGCCCGGCCGCCUUCUCGGCGCGCUGGGCGCAGGAGGCCUACAAGAAGGAGAGCGCCAAGGAGGCGGGCGCGGCCGCGGUGCCGGCGCCGGUGCCCGCAGCCACCGAGCCGCCGCCCGUGCUGCACCUGCCCGCCAUCCAGCCGCCGCCGCCCGUGCUGCCCGGUCCCUUCUUCAUGCCGUCCGAUCGCUCCACUGAGCGCUGCGAGACCGUGCUAGAAGGCGAGACCAUCUCGUGCUUCGUGGUGGGAGGCGAGAAGCGUCUGUGUCUGCCGCAGAUCCUCAACUCGGUGCUGCGCGACUUCUCGCUGCAGCAGAUCAACUCGGUGUGCGACGAGCUCCACAUCUACUGCUCGCGCUGCACGGCCGACCAGCUGGAGAUCCUCAAAGUCAUGGGCAUCCUGCCCUUCUCGGCGCCCUCGUGCGGGCUCAUCACCAAGACGGACGCCGAGCGCCUGUGCAACGCGCUGCUCUACGGCGGCGCCUACCCGCCGCCCUGCAAGAAGGAGCUGGCCGCCAGCCUGGCGCUGGGCCUGGAGCUCAGCGAGCGCAGCGUCCGCGUGUACCACGAGUGCUUCGGCAAGUGUAAGGGGCUGCUGGUGCCGGAGCUCUACAGCAGCCCGAGCGCCGCCUGCAUCCAGUGCCUGGACUGCCGCCUCAUGUACCCGCCGCACAAGUUCGUGGUGCACUCGCACAAGGCCCUGGAGAACCGGACCUGCCACUGGGGCUUCGACUCGGCCAACUGGCGGGCCUACAUCCUGCUGAGCCAGGACUACACGGGCAAGGAGGAGCAGGCGCGCCUCGGUCGCUGCCUGGACGACGUGAAGGAGAAGUUCGACUACGGCAACAAGUACAAGCGGCGGGUGCCCCGGGUUUCCUCUGAGCCCCCGGCCUCCAUAAGACCCAAAACAGAUGACACCUCUUCCCAGUCCCCCGCGCCUUCCGAAAAGGACAAGCCGUCCAGCUGGCUGCGGACCUUGGCCGGCUCUUCCAAUAAGAGCUUGGGCUGUGUUCACCCUCGCCAGCGCCUCUCUGCUUUCCGACCCUGGUCCCCCGCGGUGUCAGCGAGUGAGAAGGAGCUCUCCCCACACCUCCCGGCCCUCAUCCGAGACAGCUUCUACUCCUACAAGAGCUUUGAGACAGCCGUGGCCCCCAACGUGGCCCUCGCACCGCCGGCCCAGCAGAAGGUUGUGAGCAGCCCUCCAUGUACUGCUGCCGUCUCCCGGGCCCCCGAGCCUCUCGCCACUUGCACCCAGCCUCGGAAGCGGAAGCUGACUGUGGACACCCCAGGAGCCCCAGAGACGUUGGCACCCGUGGCUGCCCCAGAGGAGGACAAGGACUCGGAGGCCGAGGUGGAAGUUGAAAGCAGGGAGGAAUUCACCUCCUCCUUGUCCUCGCUCUCUUCCCCGUCCUUUACCUCAUCCAGCUCCGCCAAGGACCUGGGCUCCCCGGGCGCGCGUGCCCUGCCCCCGGCCAUCCCUGAUGCCGCGGCCCCUGCCGACACCCCCAGUGGGCUGGAGGCGGAGCUGGAGCACCUGCGGCAGGCGCUGGAGGGCGGCCUGGACACCAAGGAAGCCAAAGAGAAGUUCCUGCAUGAGGUGGUCAAGAUGCGCGUGAAGCAGGAGGAGAAGCUCAGCGCAGCCCUGCAGGCCAAGCGCAGCCUCCACCAGGAGCUGGAGUUCCUGCGCGUGGCCAAGAAGGAGAAGCUGCGGGAGGCCACCGAGGCCAAGCGGAACCUGCGGAAGGAGAUCGAGCGCCUCCGCGCGGAGAACGAGAAGAAGAUGAAAGAGGCCAACGAGUCCCGGCUGCGCCUGAAGCGGGAGCUGGAGCAGGCGCGGCAGGCCCGGGUGUGCGACAAGGGCUGUGAGGCGGGCCGCCUGCGCGCCAAGUACUCGGCCCAGAUCGAAGACCUGCAGGUGAAGCUGCAGCACGCGGAGGCCGACCGGGAGCAGCUGCGGGCGGACCUGCUGCGGGAGCGCGAGGCCAGGGAGCACCUGGAGAAGGUGGUGAAGGAGCUGCAGGAGCAGCUGUGGCCGCGGGCCCGCCCCGAGGCUGCGGGCAGCGAGGGCGCUGCGGAAUUGGAGCCCUAGAUUCCGUGCCUGCCGCCGCGGCGCCGCCGACAACGCGGGUGCAGGGGGGCGCGGCUGGGCGGUGCAGCUCUGCCCGGCCGCGCCCCUGCAGCCCGCCCACACAGCACAACGUCUUACUGUGCCUAUUACCAAGCGAGUGUUUGUAACCAUGUAGUUUUGGAAUCCACUGCAAAAUUUUCUACUGGCCAAGUUCAAGUGAGCAAGCCGUGUCCCCCAACGGCAGCUGGAGACCGGGCCAGCUCGGCGGCAUGCUGGUCCUCUGCUUGCUAGAACAUUCUAACAUUUACACUUUGUUAUAAGCUAUUUAAAACCAGUAAGGAGACUUGAAAUUCAGAAAAUCAACACAUUUUUAAAUGACUAACUUUUAAAAGCCCCCAACACAUAACGCCAUCUGAAGACCCGCAACGGAGUGGGGGUGGCGGCCGCCCCACCCUCCCCACCCGGGGAAGCCAUCACAGCUCAUCUGCCCGCGGCUGCGUGAGGACAGCAGGGGUUUUUCUUCAGAGUCUAUUUUUUCAGCGACAAGGACCCAGGUCUUCCUGCUGCUGCCAGGGAGAGCAGGGACAGUGCCGCGUGCGAGAUGAGCUCGAACACUGCCCGCCUUACGCCCACCCCGCCUGCCAUGUCGCCAUCGAUGCCAGCGCUGCCCCCACGGGUACCAGGAGGUGCAGAGCCGCACAGGAGCUGCCCCAGAGCUGAGGGGACGGUCUUCGGCUCCUCUGCACCCCGUGAUUCUGCCCAGGCUCCUCCACCACGAGGCACUGACCUGCGUCAGGUGGUGACUGUGGCUGGCGGUCACACCCUCAGCCCCUCCGGGCACACGUGCCGCCUGACCGGGCGAUCAAUUUUCAGCUCGGCAAACAUCGCUCCCUUCAUUUUGGGACUGAGGCUGCAGCAUUGGAACAAAACAGCAUUAUUUCAAUUUUUCUUUUUUUUUUUUUUGUUCAUUUAAACGUAUAUUUAGAACUGCACUUUGUCAACAACCUUCCCUUUCUAUUCCCCAGUGAACUGAGGUUUUUACCGAUUUAUAGAGCAGUCAAAUCCUAAGUGCUCGAGUGCUUAGAAACCCCCUCUGGUGCUUGGUUGAACAAGGGAAUCACAAGAAAACGAAAAUGCAAAAACUGAACUUCGGGGGUCGUUCUGUGCCUUCCAGCAUCUUGUACAGCAAAUCCUGACUCGUGUCUUUUUACCCCCAAAAUAUCUGUCUUCAGUAGCGACUGAAUCUGCCACUCUCAGAAUAAGUUCCUUGCAUUUAUUCCAAAUAAUCUCGUUUACUCUCACCUGUUUAUGCAAAUUGUAUAAGGUUUCUUAUGCCCAAGCUUGAAAAAUGAUUUCCCAGUAGACAAGAGGCGGCUACCCAUCCUACAGUUACGGUAUUUAUUUACAUAAGAAGAUCUUACCGGAGUUCUUUGCUUGAAUCCGUUGUAACACCCACGGCAGCUGCACGCGCUCACGGAAGGUGGAGAUUACUCGCCCAGGUACAGACGACCUCGGGGCAGUGACGAGCAAAGACCAGAGACUGCUGAGCCCUCGCGUCUGGGUGGCGGAAUUGCCUGCAGGGUUUUGCCCUUGGUUUACUGAGGGGGGUCUUGGUUGCUGCUGAAGCCCCCCACCCCUUCUAAAGUGCAAUGCAAAAGGGACAUCAUGUAUAUGCAGCGUUUGUUUGGGUUUUUCUUUGCUUUUGUUUUCUUUGCGGUUGUUCUAUCUGUGUGCAUGGAUUCCACACCUCUGCCGUAGGUAGAUCCGUCAGCGGGCAUUAUUACCGUGUCUUGUAAAGGGUCAGUUUUGUUAUGCAACACGCAGAAUGCUGUUUUUAGCCUUGUUUUACCAGAGUUGUGUUUUUUCAGUCAUUUCUUCAAGGGAAACUAAACGAUUUAGUUGGAGCAAAGCUUUAAGUGUGUUGGCGUGCUUCUGUGUGGCUGUCCUGUCGCCAGGUCGAAGAUCACCGUGAGGUAGAGGCCCUGCCCCAUCCCCGGGGCUACCAGGUUUGCUCCGUUUGCUUUGAGUUUUUACACCCCAGAGGGAGAUGAACUUUUCCAAGCUCUGUCUGGGCCAGAGCCUCUCCUUGCCCUUGCUCCAUCCUGAUGGUCACCGUUGGGUCCACGCCUCCACCACCCCGUCUUGCCCCAAACGGAAAGCGCUGUGUCUGCAGUGGCAGCCCUUCCCCACUUUGGCUCUGGGAGGGUCCAGCCAGUGUCACCUGGGCCCACCCCUUCCUGCAGCUGCCAGGCCCGUGCGGUCAGUGGGACCCGGACGCGGGCAGGCCCUCCAUGCACCAGCCACUGGAGCUGGGGACCUUCCCAGGCAGUUCCCGCAGCUCUUAGCUCAGCCCACCAGGGUUGCUUCCACCCUCAGGGGCCUGAGUCUGAGGAGACAGCUGUGGCUGCAGGGCCGCUCUGGACUGGGGUCCCAGGCCCCGAGGGGUGCGUGCCUGGCUUCCCUUGGCACAGGUGCGAGUCAGUUUCCUUUCAGCAGAAGGGGGGAAGAGGUGUCCGCUGUGUGGGCUGCUGACUCCUCUGUGUGUGAGGCCCUUCAUCUAAGUGAUUUUGUAUUCAGUUUAAUUCUCAUUAUAUUUCUAUACUGAAAGAAGAUUUUUAACGAAGGGAAAAACAACAGCAAUAACAUUCAUAUCUCUGGAGCAGCUAACUCGUACCCGUAACGUCUGCUUUUCGUACAGAACUAGCCAGUGUAAAAACAGUUCACCUGUAAAUACUUGUUCCUUUUUCACCGUUGUAUUAUACAUGUAUAUGCUGGGUCCUUUUUCAGAAACUCUUUUCUUACCUGAGAGUCGUCUUGUUUUCUGGGCUGUUUUUAACUGAGGAAAAAAAAAAAAUGCUUUCCUGCUGGGGGGCGGGGGAGACAGAGAAACCCGUGUGCGUUUCCCAUGUGACACCCCCCUCCCUGUGGGUCUGAGCCCCGGCCCCCCCACCCCCCACCCCCCACCCCCCACCCCCCACCCCCUUCCUCCCUUCCUCCCUCCUCCCCGUGGGUCCGAGCCCCGGCCCCCCCACCCCCUCCUCCCUGUGGGUCCGAGCCCCGCCCCCCCCACCCCCUCCUCCCUGUGGGACUGAGCCCUGCACCCCCCCUCCCUGUGGGUCCGAGCCCCACCCCCCCACCCCCUCCUCCCUGUGGUUCUGAGCCCCGCCCCCCCACCCCCCUCCUCCCUGUGGGUCUGAGCCCCGCCCCCACCCCCUCCUCCCUGUGGGUCCGAGCCCCGCCCCCCCACCCCGCCCUCCCUGUGGGUCUGAGCCCCGGGCCCCCCCACCCCGCCCUCAGCCCGCCAGGGUCCAGGGAGACAUUUGUUCUUGCUUUAAGUCAGGAGUCACAAAUGACUUUUUUUUCAAUUAAGGAAAAAGCUCCAUCUCUACCUUUAACAUCACCCAGACCCCUGCCCCUGCCCGUGCCCCACGCUGCUGCUAACGACAGUAUGAUGCUUACUCUGCUACUCGGAAACUAUUUUUAUGUAAUUAAUGUAUGCUUUCUUGUUUAUAAAUGCCUGAUUUAAAAAGAAAAGAAAAAGAGCUUGGCAUAUUUAUCUAUUUCGCUGUGUACCUGUUAGUCCUUCCCCGACCCCGAAACAGAUGACAUUGUACAAUAAAGGACUUUGAGAGGACUGCA